AUGUCAUCCAAACACGGUUCACCGCCACCUGCGCACCCCGGGCAGGAUCAUCCAUUCCCAGGACCGAUGACUUUGCGGCGCCUUGAGUGCCCCGAGACGUCCCCAUCGCCGCCUCGUCCUACUCCUAUCGCGCCACCGCCGAGGAGUGAGAAGCUAGCUCUACAUAACAACCAAGCGCCAGUUUUGUCCCCCCCGCCAACGUCGUCAGUGUCACCCUCAGCAUCCUUUGCCAGAAGUCCGGACCCGGCGACAAAAGUCGCAAGCUUCAGCUCACAGCCCGCUGAAGAGCCGCCUACCCGUCGUCUUCAAUGCCAUACGGGCCGUAUCCACGAUAUCGCAAUGGCAGCAGACAAGAACCUGCUGGCCACAACAUCGUCGGAUAUGCUAGUCCGCCUGUGGGACCCUGUAACCGGAGCCCUAUUGCACACACUAGAGCGCUGGCCCGAGUGCUCCAGGGCCACAGCCAUCUGUCCGGACGUCAGAUACUUGGUGUCUGCACAGAUGGAUGGAACGAUACUGGUUCUGGACUGCUCAAUGAUCAGCUGGCCUCGCGCGAUGCCGAGGUCUCUCGGAGGCCGUUCGGGAUCUAUUAAUGCGCUUGACAUUUCCCCAGACGGGAAGACUAUAGCCGCAGGCUGCGAGAACAAGACGGUACAGCUGUGGGAUCUCGAGUCGGGUGUCUUACAACGGACGUUUGCAGGCCACCCGGCAGCUGUCACUGCAGUUGCAUUUUCGACAGAUGGGUGCCUGGUUGCGUCUGGAUCGGGGGAUGGCAAGGUCCGAAUCUGGCGCACCGCCACCACAUUUCCAGUUGCAAUAGAGACGUACAAACAGCACUCGAGCGCUGUGACGGCAGUUGUUUUCUCACCGGGUGAUGAGUUUCUCGCGUCCGGACAUGAGAACGGUAACGUGGUUCUCUGGAACAGACACAAAUCUACUGCUGUUCGCUCGAUUUUGGGAUAUUCCGCCCCCAUAACCGCCCUGCGUUUCUCACCGGAUGCAACGCAGCUGGUAUCUGCAUCUCGCGAUACGUAUAUCAGGGUCUGGGAUAUCCCAAGAAGCAUGUCGGAGUGCGUCCUUACGGGACACACGGACAUCGUGUCAAAGGUGAAAUUCUCGCCUGACGGGAGACUCUUAGGAUCAGGUUCAAGGGACCGGACGGGCCGGAUUUGGGAUCUCGCCACUGGAAAAGAGAUACAUAAAGUGACCAACACUGACGAUCCAGUCGAUGACCUGGUCUUCUCCGCGGACGGAUCUCAAAUAACAAUGACCGAGUUUGGGCUCUCGACAUGGAACCUGAAUCCGUGGAGAUGGGCUGGCAGACACCAGACUGGAUACUUUUACCACUCGAUUUGCAUGUCCCCUCACGGCGAGAUACUAGCGACCGGGGUGUAUAGCAAGCUAGUUCGAAUAUGGUGCUGUAGCACAGGUCGGCUGUUACGUUCUCUUGAUGGCCACCAGAGCCGCACCACGGCUAUGGCCUUCUCGUCCGAUGGGAAAUUUCUGGCAACCGGGUCCGUUGACACGACGGUGGUAGUCUGGAAGAUCCGCAGCGGAAAAAUCAUCACAAGACUCCGCGGGCACGAAAAGGAUGUUCUAAAGGUUUCAUUCGCCUCUGACGGCAACCUCCUCGCCUCUGCAAGCGCAGACGGAUCUGUACGGGUCUGGGACACAAAAUCAGGCACCACGGUGAGGAUACUCGACGCCCAGGGCUCCUAUCACGAUUCCCCCCACAGCUUCGACUUUACAGCAGACUGUGACUGGGCAGUAGCGCGCUCUUACAGCCAUGGUCUGCGGAUCUGGCAGUCCAGGUACGGUGCACUCCAGCACACGGAGCAGGAAAGCGGCGGAGAUAUGGUCCGCAUCAGUCCCGAUGCUAUGACGGUGGUUACAACCUCUGACAGGGGUCGUGACGGGGUAGUCAUACGGAUGUGGAAGCUGACUACAGGCAAACUACUCGGGAUCUUGGAGGGUCAUCGCACGCAUGUUACUGAUCUUGUAUUCUCGCCUAAUAGCCGUCGACUCGCCUCGUCCUCUAUGGAUGGCUCUGUUCGGCUGUGGGAUGUGGAGUCUAGGACGCUCUUGCGUGUCCUGCGGGGCAGUGGUUGGGGUCUACAUGCGCUUGCGUUUUGCUCCGAGGGGAAGAUGCUUGUAGCUGGGUCGUCUGGUGGAGAUGUUUUUAUCUGGAAAGUUGAUUGAUGAUAGAGGAGGAAUGUAUGAUAUGAUCAAGUCAACUUU